AUGAAGCCUUCAUCACUACUCUUCGCCCUGGGUUUCACCCAGUUCGGCUUGGCUGCUCCCGUCCCAUCAACCAUUUCAGAUAUGGUCUCACACGUCAAGACCGAGGCACGUCGUCUGACGAGGGUAACACGCGUGUCUAUGCACCGCACACGGCCCAUCUCUGACGUCUAUGACAUCGAAACCGAGUUCAACAACGAGCCAGUAACACCAUCCGAGGACAUGCCCCCGUCAAUCGUUCUCGCCGCACCGCGGCCUCUGAAAACCAGCUACCUCCAAUCCCUGUCAAGGCACCCAGCACCUCACGGCAAGGACAGAGUGGUGGACGUUGUGGGUGACGGAACCCCCGAGACGAUUACGCCAAUGUCGCUCAAGGAUGGCCUGGCGGAGCUGCUGCCUUCUGGUCGCCUGCCGUCCUGGAAGCAAAUCACCCGGCCGACAAUGAGGAUCUUUGAGCAGCACCCCGAUCUGAUUGUUCUCGGCGCCGUCAUUGCCCUCGUUCUCGUCCUUUUGGUGCUGGAGUUUGUCGGUACUACCUUCCAAGGAGUACGCCAGCACUAUGACCCGCAAGGAGUGAUCCGGCUAGAGGUGGACGAGAAGGCGUGCAAAACACCAUCGUUCCGAUGUGACUCGAUGCCUUACCAUGACGAGGAGGAGCAGGAUGCCGAAGAACCGAGACCGUGA